UCCCGUUUAUGGUUUCUUGCAAAGUGAAAUUGAAGUUCACGUCCGUACUAUAAUGGAGAAGAAGGGUACAGUUACUCCGAUAUCCUCUGUGUUCCCGGCGGAGGAAGCACAGAAAGCUUCGAGGCGAGUGCAGGAUACAAUUAAGGAGCGCCGCCAGCAACUCGACCAACUCAAGGGUUUUAUUCACGACAAUGUUAGCCUCAUAAACCUCGUCCAGAAACUCCCCGAGGAAAUCCACCACAAUAUUAUGGUUCCUUUUGGGAAAGCUGCAUUUUUCCCUGGCCGGUUGAUUCACACCAAUGAGUUCAUGGUCCUUUUGGGAGAAGGCUAUUACGCUGAAAGAACAUCGAAACAAACAAUUGAGAUUUUGAAAAGAAGAGGAAAGACUUUGGAGAAUCAGGUCGAAUCCCUCAAAGCCGUCAUACAGGAUAUGAAGGCCGAGGCUUCAUUCUUUCACGAUACAGCUCAUGAGUCCGCUGAUGGUCUUGUAGAGAUCAGGGAAGAUUAUGUUGAAGAAGAUAACUCCAUAUUAUCAGCUACAUCAGGUUAUAAAACAUCUGAUUUGAUUGCUCCUCGCAAGAUGGAUGAUGCAAAAACUACAGUUGAAGAUGAAGAGUAUAAUCGCAUACUUUCACGAAUGGCUGAACUUGAAAAGGAAGAAGAGGAAGCUGAAAAGGCGGAGCAAUCUGAUGAGGAUGAGCAGAUAACUAUUGAGCCACAAAAGAGCAUCCAUAAAGUUUUUACGGAUCAAACAGUUGGAUUUUCACCGGUUAAAGCUUCUGAGGCGCCGACAAUAUCUAAAGAUGUCUCUUCAUCACAUGGGAUUCUUCAAAUACCCGGUGCAAGUAUGAAAAACAAAGCUUCGGAGCUACCUGCAGAAAAGGAGAAGAAAGCUCAAGCUCAAGCUCCUCUCACAACAAGCAAUACUGCUUUUACGGGAGUAAUUGUGGAGCGUAUGGAUAAUAAUAUUGACAUGGAAAUGGCGAAGAAGCAAACUAUUGCCAAUGUCCGAACCUCCUCAAGACCUCCAUCGAGAUUUAAGGUGCAGAGAGAGAGGGAGAGGGAGAAACAGUAACAGAAGGUACAGUCUUUAGCUUGCGCGAUCCUAUCUUUUAGAUUCGAACAUUAGUUUCUUUGUUGUGGGAACAAUAGCUCUUACAUAUAUAUAUAUACUUACCGUCUUGAAAUCCAUUUACGGUCGUAUGCGCAAAAUUGCACAUUUUUGUUCAUGUUACUGCACACAAUACAUGCGAUGAUUACACAAUUCGCACACCCGAGUCGUCAUAAUUUUGC